AUGGGCCAUGGUGGCGUAAUUGCAAUAUGUUUCCAAAUCUUAUUGGCAUCAUUGUUUCGCUGUCAUCUGUGGCAAUGUUUCAAAGAUUCAGAUGUGUUUUCACACUUCAUUUCACCCCGUGAACAGUCUAUCCUUUAUUGGAUCGCCAUAAAGAAUGCUGUGACCUUUUCUGCUGCUCAGAAGACUGACAACUGGCAUCUGCGUACUCCAGAUGCCGCACCACACUGCAGAGCUCUUCGUGUGGCUGAGACUGAGAGUGACUUCUGUGUGCCUGUGAUACGACAGAGUGCUCUCAGCUGCUGCUCAGUGGUGGCUUCCUUCUGCUGCAUCAGCUCUGCUGCCCCUUUCGUCACUUCCCAAGCAUCCGGCUUGGACAUCGAAGGCCUGCCGGAAGCUAUUCGAAGAUUCUGCCCAUAUUCCUUCCUGGCCCUUGCCCUGAUCCAGGGUGGAUCGAACGUCAUGCAGAUCUUCACUUUCUAUGCAAGUGAGGACAAGCUGGAAAACCGAGGGAACUACGUGGCAGAGAAGAUAUCUGGGCAGAAGAUCAACGAAGCUGCUUGUGACAUUGCACGGCAAGUUGCUGACGAACGGGAUGCAUUGGUUGCAGGAGGCAUGAGCCAGACACCUUCUUACCUUAGCUGCAGGAGUGAGACCGAAGUUAAAAAGAUAUUUCACCAACAGCUUGAGGUCUUCAUGAAGAAGAAUGUGGACUUCCUCAUCGCAGAGUAUUUUGAACAUAUUGAAGAAGCCGUGUGGGUAGUAGAGGCCUUAAAAACACCAGGGAAGCCUAUAGCAGCUACCAUAUGCAUCCGACCUGAAGGAGAUCUACAUGGCGUGUCUCCUGGAGAGUGCACGGUACGUCUGGUGAAAGCAGGUGCCGCCAUUGUCGGUGUGAACUUAUACUUCUUCGACCCCAGCAGCAGCUUGCAGACAAUAAAGCUCAUGAAGGAGGGUUUGGAAGCUGCUCGGUUGAAGGCUUACUUGAUGAGCCAGCCCCUGGCCAACCACACCCCUGACUGUGGCAAACAGGGAUUUAUUGAUCUCCCAGAAUUCCCCUUUGGAUUGGAAUCCAGAGUUGCUACCAGAUGGGAUAUUCGAAAAUACGCCAGAGAGGCCUACAUCCUGAGGGUCAGGAACAUUGGCGACUGCUGCGGAUUUGAACCCUACCACAUCAAGGCCAUUGCAGAGGAGCUGGCCCCAGAAAGGGGAUUUUUGCCACCAGCUUCAGAAAAACAUGGCAGCUGGGGAAGUGGUUUGGACAUGCACACCAAACCCUGGUCUUCCUCUUUCUUGAGCUUCAUAUGA